UGCUCGGCGGCGCCGUAAACCGCCGAACAGCGUCGUAAACGUGACGUAAAGAAGAGACCAGUCGUGUGAACGACAGCCUUCCUCGCUCGGAUUCGCAGUAAACGCGCCGAUGGCUCAGUGAGAAAUUCGGAGUUCCUCAUUUAAAGAAGAUUCGUCCUCCCCCCUUCCCGGCAUGUGACUGUGGAUUUUUAAGUGGGUGGCUUUCUUGUCCUGUGUUCUGCACCGUGUAAGAGGACUGACGUGCUGGAUAGGUGACGGCAUCGGGCAGACAAACACCCCAUAGCCAUUAGACGCUUCUGGCCUUCACUAGCCGUCCCUUCUUCCUGUAUCCAUCUGCUUUCUUGCCCUGAAAACAAGGGAGAUGCAGCUCACCUGAGGAAGAGGAGGGUGAAGUCACCUGAAGAUGAGCAGCAAAGUCAAAGGAGGAAACCACAGGGCCCUGACAGCGGACAUGAGAAAGCUCUCAGCGUCCAGGUCCGAGUCGGAGAAGGACUGUGGCUUUUCAGAUACCAGCUCGGGGUAUCUGAGCGCAGUGGAGCAGACGGACUCGGAGGACAUGAGCCGGGGGCCAGCUGUGCGUGGCUCGCAGUCGGGGCCCCCGGUGGCUGUGAUGGCGGGCCCCUACCCCAACCUGUCCCCCAUGAUCAUCAUGAACAACGUUGUCCUCAAGCAGCCUAAUGCCACCGCUCCAGCAGUGAAACCCUGGGGAUUUCAGCCUGCCCUGGAAGUGCUUCCUCAGCCUCAGGUGGUCUUCCUCCAGCCGGUGGUCUCGACCGGUGACAGAUCGUCCACGAAGAGAACUCCCAACAAACAACGAACCCGGCGGUACUUGCCCAUCCUGAAGUCCUACCCCAAAAUCGCCCCCUACCCUGGAGAAAGCCCGUCGGACAAAAGCAAACCCAGCUCCUCUGAGCGGAGCGUUUCAGCACCCAGCCACGGGGUCGGGCGCCACCGCCGGCGUCACCAUCGUGACAAGCAGCCAGGCCAUGUGGCAGACUGUGGUGGCUCUGCCAAGCCUGCAGCUGCCAGCCCUGGGCCUGCAGCCCCCAAGCGAAACCUAGCAGCUGCAGACAUAAAAGAGGCUGGUGUCCAGGCGUUGGCCAAGCCACCGUCAGCCGCACAGCCACAAGCCUCGAUUCAAUCCUCUGCUGCCCCCCCUUCGCCGAGCCCCGAGGCCGGACGCGUGGACAACAUCGUUUCUCCCUGCAAGAGGCCCGCCGUCCAGGACCAGGCCGCCGAGGCCUGCUGGGACGUUCCGGAAGACGGCACCGAGAAGCGGAAGCGAUUCUGCAACACGUACAACAUCCUGCAGCGGUCAGGCCUGCUGGGAAUCACGCUGCGCACCAAGGAGCUGAUCCGGCUGAACCGGCGCACGCAGGGCCAGCUGGAGCGGCUGCGCGAGCACACCGGCCUCUUCCUGCAGGCCGUGAGCAGCGGCGACCCCCAGGUGUGGGCCAAGCUGCAGCUUACCAUGCUGGAGGCCCCCCCUAGCGGGUCAGAGGAGGAGCAGGUGGAGGGGCUGCUGGAGAAGAUUGCCCAGGACAGCCGCGCCUGAGCGCCCUCUAGACGGCCGACAGCCCCUCUCCUCAUCUCACUUCCUCUCUUUAGGUCAGCGCGGCGCUUUAAAUCAUUGAUGUGACACCAUUUAAUUCACCGUUAAACUCCCGAUGGGGAUAGAAGACUAUGGAUCUUCAGCCGUUGCCUGUUACGGUAACACCCCCUUCCCUUGUAACCUGUAACAGAAUUCCAUAACGUAAGGUUUACGAGCCCAUUUCGCACUUCACGUGUGACGCGGUUUCACAUACUUGGGGAUGUGACCAUGACAGCCAGAAGAGAGCGGCGAAAAAUAGCAGGGACUUGGGUGCAGUUUACUCGCCAUUGUAAAUGGGUGUUCCAUUGCAUUUUAUUUUAUUAUUUUUUAAAAUAGGUCAAAAGCCUCUCACUUCUUCCUAACCUGUCGGCUAGUAUCGCAAUGUUUUUGUCCCGUCACCCCUUCUUCUGAGUUUUGGUGUGAAAUCUGUCAGAUGGGAGGGUUUUGUGUAUGCGUGGGCGGGAGGGAGUAGUUGGUGUAGGGGAAUGGCAGGCCCAACUAAACAGGCCGGUAGGAAUGUACGCAGCCUUCAGCUGACACCUUUUCCAUUCAUGCCGUUUACAGCUUUGAAUGGCCUUGAUUCAGAAUAUAAAGCUAAAGGGGCUAUUUUUAGAUGUUAUCGUUCUGUCUUCAAGAGGUUAUGCAUAUUGAUAUUAGCUGAAAAGGCAAACUUCACUGUAGCAAAUUGGCCCAGACCUAGUUUGAAGUAUAAAAUAUGCAUGUUUUUUUUUGCCAACUUUAUGAUGGUCGUUGAAAUUAACAAGGCAGCAGCUGAUAGGUCUCGUAAAAAUGUUUCUUGUUUUUCACAGGUUGGAAAAAGAGAGUGACCCUUUUUAACAAUUAAUUAAAUACUUGUAAUUCCAUGCGCUCGCUUGAAAUGAUAUCUGUGUGUAAUUUGGUGAUGGAUGACGAGCUUUGCGGCUUUUUAAACAUCAACACGGUGACGGUGGCAUUUUCUCUCAGUACCCGUGUGAUUGUGGUGACACUGAUAGUUUUUCACGUUUCAUCAGCACGUUAUGGUUAUUUUACUCUGGAGAUACGCGUGAUGGUCAUCAUCGUUCAGCUACCUCUAUAGUGACAAAAGACGUCCUGUUCGCUUGCUACGUGACACGUCCAGCUCCCCCUCUGCUCCACAGUUAUCCAUUGCACCUUGAAGACAGUGGAGAUUAAUAACUGGUACUCUGGUGACUGGCCAUCAGAAAUGUAACUGAAUCAGAACUGGGGUCCUGGCAGUCACAUGUCACAUGACUCAUGGUUUCUUGUGCAGUGCCUGCAGUUGGCAGGACACGUGAAACUGUCAACCUUCCUGAGCCUCCCGUUGGCGUCUAGCGGGAUGCCCACGCCACCUUUGAGUAAGCCGCCCUUGUUGCGACCCGUCUUCCCUUUUUUACACGGGUGGUACCCGUCGUUCUUCUCGUCGUGUGCUGAAAUGUCAUCCCCUCUAAGGGAUUUGUUCACCCAAAACCCAAAAACUUUGCAUUCAAUUUAGUUUUGUGUUUUACCCAAACUAAUACUGUGUAGGCCUAUUUCAAUGUGCUGUAAAUGUGGUUUUCAUUACAUCUGUAUGAUCUAUACAUGAGACCAUAUGUGUUUGGUAAUGGUCUUGUGUCUGAAUUCAUAGUAUAUGUAUAUAAGUCAUUAUUUACUACUAUUUACAAGAAAUUAUUGUGUGUGUAUAUAUAUAUAUAUAUAAAUAUAUAUAUUAAAUAUAAUGAUGGUUUGUCUUAUCUCUCAGUGUUGUACCACAGUACUCCUAAAGUAAUCAAUGCUGGUUUAUCAGCUGUGUGAGUUGUUGCUUACAGAUUCAACACAGCAAGUAAUAUCUUACCUGAUUCUCGAAUGUCUGUUUCCCCUCAUUAAUACGCUGUUGUGUCUGUCUUACGGGUAACAGGCACCUGAUAGGAUCUUUACAGAGCUUUUAGUAUAUGAAAUAACUGCAAAAAAAAGAAUCAGUUUUGAAAAACUGUGAUGUGAUCAGAAGCUUUUAUAAAUCUAUAGUAAUGUGAUUGUUUCUACAUGGAUUUGUAGGUUAGGGGUUAAACCAUAGAAAAACAGAAUAGUUUUCCUGGUAUUGAUCAUAAAGUUUGUUUUUUUAAUUGAAAAACUUAUAAAGCAUUAUAUUAUUUAGGAAAGUAACUUGCUCUUCUAUUCCCAAAGGGAGGAGGAAAUGUUUUCAAAGCUAUGCAACAUGGAUGAAGAUGGUGAAAACAGUCUAUUGUUUCUAUCAUUUGUGGUUUACUGAAGUGCACUUUUUUGUAUUUUUUUAAAUUGAUCAUUUGCAUUGACGUUUGCUUAAUAAACUUUUUUUUUCGA